AUGCUUCCAUCGUUACUGGGUACAGUAAAAUUUUGGCCCCGAUGUAGCGCUUCAAUUUUUCGUUCAAAGCGUCUCUUGACAAACAGUAGGCGCAUCGCGCAAAGAGAUGGCAGUUUGGAGCUUGUGACCACCAGAGGGAAGAAAUUGAAGCCCAAAAAGGCCCAAAUCGUCAUUCUAGAUCCACGGGAGGCGGGAUUAUUCAAACGCAAACGAACGCCAGCACAUUUCCAGCGAAACGACAGACACAGGACUAAGGAACGUCUCAGUGCGCUGCAGGGCGUGGAAUUCGACGAUCACGGUCCAUCACGUCGAACUUUGGGCUCUGCUGAUUCUCCUGCUGGCGAUAUUUUACAAGAAAUCGAAUCUCAGCGCCGCAAAUUGCUUGUCUUCAAAAAUACAGUGCCCAAAGAACAAGUCAUCAAAUCGAUUCAUGACCUCAAGCCUGGAGCAGACGCGCAGGUCAUGUCCUUGAAACGUUAUGAGCAGCUCAAAGCUCUUUUAGAAAUCGCGUACACGCUCCCGCAGCUCAAAGAAUACGCCAAACAAUACCACAAUCUAUCUAGCAGCAAGUCGAUUACCAAGAAAGCGCUUAUACCUAAAAUACUGGACAAACUAUGGCAUUGCCAGGUGGACGAAACAAUGAGCGAGGGCCAGGAUCUCAUGGUUGAGCGGAUUAUCGACGUCCAGACCAGGGACAUCUAUCUAUUGUUGUUGACCAACAAUGGGAAAAUCCUACAGAACUUUGCUCGUCUUGGAGCCACUGUUGCGGUUGCGCUGAGCGAAAAUAAGAUUAUUGUCCGGGCCACUAAAUCGCUAGUGAAAUAUGUGGAGGUAUCUUUACGAAAAAUUCUCGACAAUGUGCAGCGUGAAAUCGUGUCCAUAAACGAUUUGAUUCAAGAGCAUAGCUGUGACAACAACGCGGAUAUUACACCCAGUGCUCUCGUGAGCCUGGUACAAAAGGAAAGUGCGACUUAUUUUGAAGAAUUGCCAGAUGAGAACCCCGAAACCUAUGCUAUCACAAGCUUCGGGACUAAGCGGAUAAUACGGGCAAAAAACCUGCUCUUAUGGGCUUUGGAUUAUAACCCCCAGGUUACGGAGAGUGUUAAGUUUCUUGGUGAGCACGACCGGUCGAAUUACAUGGCCUUUCCUUUUACAGACAUCGAUGACUUGGACUGGGUACGAAGAAAAAAGAGUUGGUUUCGCCUGCAAGAACCUGUGAAAAAGGGACCUACCACGCUUGUACAUAAAGCUCGCCGUCUGGUUCUCACCCAUGGCAAAACUGAUGAACUAUACCAAAGCUUGGUCGAAACUCAAAAUGAUUCUGUGCCAAAAAUACAAGCAGCGGUUGAAUCAAAGACUUGGAGCAUCACCUUGGGACAUAUUCUGGAAGAUGAAGAGAAGCAAGUGACAAUUUUCCAACCAAAAGUUUCCGGAAUGGUCCCAAAAUUGAUGCAACUACCACUUUACGACGACAUUGUCACUCAAGAUGAGUUGUACACCGUCGAUCAACAUGAAUACUACGUCCAGCUCAAAUUAAUACCAAAAAUGGACGGAUCGGUAAAUACCAGAAAUAUACCUCCCUUGGAAUUGUGGUUUGAGCUUGAUGAUGAUGAUAAAGCGAUUAACAGCACGGUUCGUUGUUUGCUGCAUGCAGAAGACAAGAGCUUGCUUUUAGAGACACCUCAUUUAUCGCAUGACUUGAAAGUUACAAUGGACCGCACGCUGGAAGUGACCAAGUCUUACGACCAGGCGCCCCAAAAUUGGCUUGAAGACCAACCUGGCUUAAAAGAGUUUCUUCUAAGGGCCAGACUCACAUUUAGAGAAAACGAGAAGCUAUUUGUGCCGAAGCAUUUGAAGUACAACCUUCAAUUCCAAGACCGCUCGGAGCCUGAACCGGUCACUUUUGAGUAUGUGAACGUCAAAUAUCACCGUGUCUUGAAAAUGAAGCUCAUGGACAAAUAUUUGGUGCAGUUCUCGGACGUCAAUGGUGGUUCCAGAGGAGGGCACUUCAAACAAGUCGACUUUGUUAAUCCUGAGUGCGGGGAUAUGAGCCGCGAAGAAUUUGGCGAACUGAUGAGAAAUGUGGCGGAAUUCUUGUGA